AUGGGAACCCGCCUGUGCCUGAGGCGUCCACUGCCACUGCGCCCAGUCCAAGGCGUCUUCCUUUUGCGCCCUGGAUUGGGUGGGUGGAGUCGAGGCGGGAAAAAUGCCCACGCAAACCCGCUGCAGUUUUUUUUUUCUCUCAUUCUCGCCCCAAGUCGUGGUGCUGGUGCUGGUGGUCUGAGUCCGUCCCGUCUGCAUGAUGCACACCACAGUACAAACGCCCGUACUGUGACAGCCCUCCGAGUCAGGCUUCGACUCCUGGCCCAGCCGAGCCACCCAGCGACAUGUGUCGCGUGCAGUGCGUGCGCGCUUUAA